UCUACACACUCAGUGUAUGUCUUGUGGUGGUGCACACACUCACACUUGACGUUUGAGCAAAGAACAAAAGGAAGUAAAGAGUGUUUUCCUGGGAGAGACUGGGGAUUGUUUUGGACUAUAUUUUUCAUGUUUUCUCUGACAACAUGGAGUACUGCUUUUUAAAAGGAUUCCUGGUGGUUUUGUUGAUACAACACUGCACGUCUGAAGGUCUGUCUACCUCCAUCCAGUCCUCCACAGCGGUCACCCUGCAAGAUGACCAGGCCUUACCCCCUGAACCAGAGCUGCUUCCUGCAGAUGUGGUACCCGUGGUGGCCCCCCCUAGCCUGAAGGAGGUGCAGCAGGCCGUGCAGGAGGCCUCAGAGCAGGUGGAAGGUCGUGGGGCAGAGGAAGUGUUGAAGGAGCUGCUGGAGAGGGUGGUGGAGGCAGCUUUGGGGCAGGUGGAAGGAGGAGGUGAAGCGAAAGCAGAUGAGGCAGCAGCACAGGAGGCCGCUGAGGAGGAUGCCCUCGAAGCUGACGCAGAGGCAGAGGUGUUGGAGCAGGUGGUAGAGGAGGAGGUGGAGGGUGAGGAUACGGGCGCCAAGGGGGGAGAUACUGAUGUUGGAGAGGAGCAGGAGGUAGCUGAGGUGGAUGCAUCUGAGGAUGUAGCUGAGGGGGGCAAAGGGGUUGUCGAAGGGGAGGCUACAGCUGGAUCUGUGGUGGAGACUACAGCAGGUGUAGAAACUGAAGACAGAGAGGUGGAGGGGGUGGAGGUUAUUGAUGAGUCUUUAGACACCCAAGUCAGUCAGGAGGUUGUAGAGGAAACUGGAGCUGCUUUAGAGGAGACAGGGGGGUAUUUAGCAGCGGAGGAAGCACAGGCGGAGGACGGCAAGGAGCAGGUUGUGUUGUCAGAAGAAAACGGAGCAGCUGAAACAGAAACACAGGAGGUAGAGGAAACUCCAGGAGUUGUGGAGGCUGCAGUAGAGUCUGACCCUAGCCUGGCAGUGUCUGACGUGGAACAGACAGGAGAUCCAUGGAAAAAUGAAGAAACUAUUGUGGAUGAAAUUGAAGGUGAGGUGAUAGUACCCUCUUCUGAUAAUUAUGAAAUAGAGAGCACACAAAGUGUAGUGGGAGAACCAGUAGAAGAAGAGGAGGUAAACGUAAUGAAGGGUGCUGAAGGAUUGGGGGUAGAGGACGAACAAGGCUAUUUAGUGGUGGAGGGAGGAGCUGCUGGAGAGGUAGAAGCAGAAGGUACAAUAGUGGGGGAAGCAGAAGGGGGUGAAAGACACAGAGAGGGUGUAGGCAAGGAGGAAUCAGUGGCAUUGGUAAAUGAGGGGGGUGACCACCAAGCUGGAGAAGAGGAUCACAUUGCUCCGGAGACCUCACACAGCAGUGAAAAGGAGGAUCAAGAAGUGCUGGUGAUCUCUGCCCCAGAGCCAGAGGACAGUGAUGAAGUCUCCAUAGAGCAGAUCCCUGAGAUUCAGGUGCCCACCCCCAGCCCAUCCCUUGGUGGGGUGGAGGCCAGAGAAAACACCCUCGGUGAUGAGAAAUCCAGCGAUGGCAAUGAGAUCAUCACGCCUACUGAUGACCUUUUGCCACAUGACCCUGUCGUGGCCCAACCUACACUGGAUAAUUUUGUGAAGGAUGGUCUCGCUGAAGCGCCUCAGGCAGAAGGGGAGAAACUAGGGGAGGCCAAUGAGCUGGUGGAAGAUACAGCUGGAAACACAGAGACAAGUGAGCUGGGCCUGGAGGCAUGGAAGAUUGGGGCUAUUUCUGCUGCAGCCUUCCUGGUCUUGGAGACUGUUAUCAUCAUUAUCUAUAUCCUCAAAUGUCGUAACAAAAACAGUGCCCCGGCCCUGCAGCGGGCAUGUGAGGAAGGGUGUGUUGAACCGGAGGCAGCUACAGGAGGUGACUGCAGUGAUGACACACUUCCUGCAGGCAAUGGGGACGCUCAACAGAUAGCAGCACUUGACCUAUCUGAUGUGGCCUCAACCCUGGCCCAAAACAAAGAGAUGCACGAAGAGGAGCAUGCGAUAGCCAUGUCCGACCUCCCUCCGAGCUCCGCAGAGGAGUCGGCCAACACUGGACCAGGACCAGACUCCUCACAAGACCUCAGGACUUCCAUUCUCUAGAGGUCUAACUGUUUUUAUCUGUUCCUAACUGUAUCUCAAUAAAACUCAAAAAGCCACUCUUCAUCCCUACUCCCAAAUUACUCACACUACCCAAUGAAUUACCCUAAAUUCUUCAACCCAACACAGACUGCCUUGGACUCUGACUGUAAUAACCAGAGGUGUGGGUUUGACUCAUUCAGACGACUCAAUUCACAAAUUUGAUGACUUUAAACUGGACUUGACAAAAUCAAAAAAGGCUUGAAACUUGACAUGGACUUUAACACCAAUGACUCCUGACUUAACUUUGACUUUGACUUAAAACUACUUGAUAUCUUCUCCCAAGCCCGAAGAUGAAGAAGUGUUUUACUUAGAAGUGUGCCAGGAAUCAAUUCAUUUCCCUUCAUUUGCUGAUCCAAACUAAAAUCAACGCUUUUCAUUCCCAGCAAGUCGACACUUCAUUCCCCAGAUCCACUUUGUUUGAAAAAUCCAACAGCAUCAAAUCAAGUUGCAGGAGAGAACAAGGAAGAACUAACAUUGGGUGCCAGUUGGAAAAAAAUAUCAAAGAUAAUUUGUUUACUUACAAAAACUAUGCAGUAGUAAAUAAUACUGAAUAGCAGUAUGCAUUGCAGGUCAAACAUUACAAACAAAGACAAAACAACUUCCAACUUUGUUCAACAUUUUAAGUUGCACAAAGAACAGUAAGUUAAGGCUAACAUUAACAUAGUCAGCAAGCUAAUGCCUAGCUAACACCAACUUAACAGUUAAAUAACUUAACAACAAAUAAAGCAUUUAUUAAUUUUGUAAAUUUAAUAUUGGCAUUACAUUUGUUGAAAAGUGCAUUAUAACUUGUUUAGGACACAAAACCAAAAGUUUAGGACUUCGAGACUUACUUGUGACUUGGAAAACAAUGACUUGGUCCCACCUCUGGUGAUAACUACUGUAUAUGUAACACACAUGUAUUUGGUGUUUAUUGUAUGUCCGUCUGUGUGUGUAAAUUGAAAAAAAGAAGAAGAAGAAAAAAAAGAUACUGUCAUACGUUUGAUGUGUGUGAGCGUGUGGAAGUCAGGGUGUGCAUGCGCAAACUUGUGGGAAUGAGUGAACAGGAAGUGUGUGUUUUAAAAUACUGUGUGUGUGUGUGUGUGUGUGUAAAUGUGACAAAAGUGAUAUGAAUCUAGUUUGAUGUCUGUAAGCUCUUUAGCAUACAAUGAAAUUGUUAGGAAAUGUUUUUCAUACUGACCACCACUGUUGAAAAUGUUAUAAAAGGUACAGUGGUUACAACCAAUUUUCCUGUUUUAUGUGUAAUUCACAAAGUGUUUGAGCGGCACCAUAGACCACCAUUUCUGCAAAGUCUCAUUAAAAUGUACAACACUA